AUGGAUACUUCUAGUCCGAAAGACAACGAACAGCAGGCGUCUUUGGACGAAAUGUAUGAUUCAGUGUUUGGUAAAUCAAGUGCAGAUUACUACAAUUUGCCGGAAGAAAAAAUGGAAAAAAAAUUAGACACGCCUGAAAAAGAACUGCUUUUGUCGUUGUUAGCCGCGUUCCAUCGUCAAACGUCCGAACUUUGCGACCGAAUCGACAUGUUUUAUUCCGUGUUUCGCGUUUGCCAUAAGAUGUUCGAAAAUAAAAUACCUAACCUGCAACAUACAUGUUUUCGUGAAACAACAAAAACGAACGGAUCCGUUUGCGGUGAAACCGAAAACAAGCCCGUUCACGAUGAUUUGCCUUCCCUCCAGACUCGACCGCUCAAAGAUCCCCUGGAUUGGGAGACACUGUUCGACUUGAUCGAUUUCAGCCGCGGUGCGCGGUCGAUCACAAGCAAAACGCGGUCGGACGCGUUAAGUCCGAGUUUGAAGUUCAUCGUAAAAGAAUUGUCCGAAGUAGGAAUGCUGUACGGCACAAUCGUGUCGUUUGUGAAAACCGAAUACCAAGCCAAUAACGGAAGCGUAGUGCAAGCCCUGCUGCUCGUCCUGCAAAAAGAAAUGGACUCCUACCACGCGUACAUCAAUUCUUGGCUGCAUACCAAUUGCAAGGCUUUGAACCAAAAGAGCCCCGUCGACUUCCUGAGUAAAAGCGCGCCUCUCGACCGCAGUGUGGAAUCCAGACUACGAUACUUGACCAAAGUGGUGCAAAUCGCCCGAGGCCUAACAGGUUGUUCCCUGAUAUCCGCUGUGGCGAGGUCGGAUUCGUGCGAAGCGAAAAAUUCGAUUUUGAAAGAAAUCACCAAACCUAUACAUUCCACGAUGGUGCGUUGGAUGGCCGCCGGUGUGUUGGAAGACGAACACUGCGAAUUUUUUAUUGCCGACAACGCAGCAUUGGAUGAUUGGUCAGCCGACAGUGUUGUUUUGAGUGAAUCAAACAAGUUGGUUUUUGCGAAAAAAUCGCGGCUGCAAGACGUUUACCGAACAGGCAGAAACAUGCGGUUCUUGUUAAACGUCUGCAGUUCUCUGCGGCUGCAGGCCAAGAUAGCAGUGAUCGGAGAUUAUAUACAACAAUCACUGUCGGGCCAAGAGGGAGGAUUAAUAGCCUCGUUGAUCGACGGCCCUUCGUCGUUGGUAGUGGCCGAGGCUUGCGUUUGCACUUCGGACUUACUCUUGGAAACACUGGCCGACGAAUACGACUUGUUCGUGCAUUUCGAAGGUCUCCGGAAUUACAUGCUGUUCGGCCGAGGCGAUUUUUACGCCUACGUCGUCUACAAAUUAGAGACGUUUUUCGGCAGACACACGAUGCACCGUUACCAACUCAAAGGUAUCAUGGAAGACGCCUACGAAUCCACGUCGGCCGGAAACGACGACCGUAAGGUGUUCGACAGUCUUAGGUAUAGAAUCGAUCUGACCGAAACCACAGUCGACUGGGGCAGUCUGAAGUUCGAGUACGCCAUCGGCGAACCACUCAACAGGAUAUUCAGCCCCCACGCUAAGGUGUACACGAACGUAUUCCAGUUCCUGUGGUGCAUGAAGAAAGUCGACUGGACCAUGAACAAAUUCUGGCACGAUUUGUCUCAUUUUGUGAAAAAAAAACACAUGGUCACCGAACCGAAACAAAUUUUGAGAAACUUCAACGCACUAUUGUCCAACAUGAUCAAUUGCAUGCACGAGAUCCAAAACUUCAUGUUCGAGAUGAUCAAUAACGAAUGGGAACUUUUCUGGAGCAAAAUAAGCGGAGCCAAAUCUAUCGAUAUUGUUAUCAAAGAGCACAGGGUAUUUUUAGGUUCGUUGGCGGUAUUCGUGCAUGAUGCGUCACUCAAGGGGUAUAUCGACUCGUUUCAACUGAAUGUCCAAAAGCUGGAAGCAGUUUUCUACCAACUUUUGGCUAUCCGACAAACACAUCAAACGACAGAUGCCUCUAAAAGUCAAUACGAUUUGAUUAUUGAACAGUUUAAACGCGUACAAAAAACACACGAACUCGAGCUCGGUGCGUUUUUAGUAAAACUAAUGAACAACGAAUCGCAAGGAUUAGGGACGCUCGCCAUGAGAAUAGACUUCAACGGCUAUUAUAUGUCCAACGCUAAUUGUCUAUACCGAGCUGCGCCGUGCGUUGUCGUUGAUUGA